AUCUUUCAUACUUCUUUACACCUUAUAUUUGCUGUGCUAUUUCGUCAUUCCUCUCACUCUAUGAUAAAAUUAACUGAAAGCGAAAUGUUUUAUUUCCUUUAUGGACAGGCAUCUUUCCACUGAUACUGACAAUUUUGAUCGAUUCCUUUCUUUGAAUAUGUCGAUUUUAAAUUUGAAGUUUGGAUUUCCUAUGAUUUAUGGAUUUGAAUCUUCGAUUAAUUAAAAUCAUCUAAUUAAAAUUAAUUUACUAGGUAUGGAACCAGUUGAACCAGUCCGAGGAAAUGCUUCCCAACAUAAAGUUUGCCGAAAACGUGUGGUAACGAAAAAUGAAUUGAAAAGGAUUUUGACAUAUUAUACAUCGCAGCUGCCUUGUGUUACUGAAGCGUGUAAAGUGGAAAAACGUGAAUUAAAUUCACUGGUUAAAACCCUUCAAGAGGAAGUUCGUGCUAAGGAUGCAUCAAUUAAAGUUUUACGUGAAAAUUUAGCAACGAUGCGGUUUACGAUUCGAGAGUUCAGUUGCUUCAUCGCCAGUAAGCAUCCUGGAACAACGAUUGCGGCAGCAGCUCAAACGUGGGAAAAACGUUGGAAAGCGGAAGAUGAGGAUGGAUUAUGGAAUACUGCAGACUCACCAAAGGUGCAAUCAGCAGUGCGUCGUUAUCGGUCACAUACUAAACCGAGUACAUCAUCUGUUGCAAACACUUCUACUGCCAAUAACAUGCAGCCUGAGAAGGCACAAUUUACUUCACCGCAGCAGAAUAAUAUGUUCCACGAAUUUGCUCGGAAGAAUGCGGUCGCUAUAUCACGUCUAACGAAUCCGAAUAUUACACGUAAAUCGUCAGCAAAUUCAGAGCAAUUUAUUUCGGCUUCCCUUUCAACCGCGACUAAUAGUGGUAACUGCCCAACGCCACAAACUCAAUCAGUGGCAACAGCCCACGCUUUAAUUACUGUGAAUCAGCCACUGAAUUUGCCGAUGCCAUCGGAUGUUAGCAGCCAUAUUCUGAUGCCAACGAGUUCCCAGUAUAAAACCAUACAGGCUAAUAAUUCAUCACAACUAAAUGGACAAAGUGCUGUUAAUCAUACUCCGGCAGCCGGAUAUUUGAGAUUGAAUAGUGCAGAAACAAAACGAAAAAAUCGUAAUGGACCAAUUGGGAUCAGAAAAUUUCAAAGAAGUGAAACUGUUAGUGAUGUGAUUAUACUAAGCGAUGAUGAAAGUGAUGAAAAAGUAGAUAUUAUAUCCGAAGAUAUGGUUACAGUACCUCGUUACGAUUCAACAAAUUCAUUAGUUUGCAAAAAAUCUCAUCCAUUAGUAUAUCCUAGGCUGAGGAUUUAUCCAGGCUUGCGCAUUUCGCGCCUUCAUAUUACAUGGUUGAACUCAUUUGAAGAUAUAACAAAGACAAAGCACAUUAUACUAAAUGUACGGUAUGCUGGUGAAUAUUCGAAACAGAUCUUCCAUAUUUUAUAUUACAUACGAUCAAUGGUUGAAAAAGAAGAAGCCGAGGGAUGGACAAGGAUUUAUUCAAAAGAAUGUGAAGCUGGCGGGAAUAGCCGUUUGCGUAUUCAGUUUGAUGAAGGUCAGACUUGGUUAAAUGAUGCAGUCUAUUUUACCGGAUUUAUCGAAUGCGGUUUUGAGAGGUAUGGUGCAUAUGCAGAUGUAUGCAAGGUGGAAUUGGGUUUGCAGGACAAACAGAUGCCCGCUAACUUUACGCGACGUUACUGGCCGUAGAUAUUAUACUGCAUAUCCCGGCCACUAUUACCUUCUAAAAAGUUUAUUGGCUGUCAUUAUACCCAGACUACAUAGAUUUUGUCGGUGUUUAUUACUUUCAUAUUUAACGGCGCUUAUACAGGACUUUCAGAUGAUGGGCCAACUAUUCAGAUUUUUAAACUGUAGGUAUAUUUUUGAUAUUUUUUUUCUAAUUUUG